GAGAAGAGAAAAAGGUUUAAACUUUGCUUUGGUGUGAAAACUGAAAACUUCAAACCUCUCUUACCACAUCAAGAGAGAGAGAGAGAGAGAGAGAGAUGGUGGAGGAGUAGUUCAACAGGCAGAGACUGCUGGGGUUUGUUUUUCUUUCGGUUAAACCCGGAACCCCAUUUCGGAAUUUGGAUCUGCCGUGUGGAGCACCAGAAGAAGGCAGUUGAAUUCAACUUUGCAAUGAUCUGAUGCUUGUACCAGAAGGGGUAACGCCAAUUAUUCGGACUGCUAGUAAUUUCUCCAAACAUGGUCUUCGGUAAAUUUGCAGAAUUAUUUUCUUCUGCACCAACUCGUUCGUCAGGCCCGAAGGCAUCUACCGUUUCAUAUAAAUCAACUGGAUUGCCGCCUAUUCCUGGUGCUCUUCAUGGUUAUUCUUUUUCCAGCCCAGAGAAGAAGAGUAAUUUGAAACUCUCCUCAUCUCUUCAAGAUUUGUCUACUUACCGCCGACUUGAUCUAGAAGAAGCCAAUCUUAGCCCAGGAAAUGAAAGAAUUUCAAGUCAUGCAUUACCAUCAUAUUUCUUGCAAAAAGAAAAUGGUGUUGCAAGUUUUUCCAAGGAGAAGGUAUCACCUGGAAUUCCAUCCAGGCAGAAGAAGUGGGUGCGAGUUAUAUGUGUUCUCCUCUGCUUGUCGAUGAUUGUUUUUCUGUCAUUUGCCCUCCAGUAUCUUUACUCAAACUGGUCUAGAGGACCUUCCAGGUUCUAUGUUGUCCUAGACUGUGGCAGCACUGGGACACGUGUUUAUGUAUACCAGGCAUCUAUUAAUCAUAAAAAAUAUGGCAAUCUUCCUAUUUUAUUGAAAUCAUUGCCUGAUAGUUUCCAGAGGAAAUCGGGUUCCCAGAGUGGGCGGGCUUACAAUAGAAUGGAGACUGAGCCUGGACUUGACAAAUUGCUGCGUAAUAUAUCGGGGUUGAGUGAAGCAAUACAACCUCUUAUUCAAUGGGCUGAGAAGCAAAUUCCAAGAAGGUCACAUAAGACAACUUCUCUCUUUCUUUAUGCAACAGCUGGAGUCCGCAGGCUACCAAGUUCGGACUCUGAAUGGCUUCUUAAUAAUGCUUGGUCAAUUCUAAAGAGCUCACGUUUUUUGUGCAAAAAGGAGUGGGUAAAAAUUAUCACUGGUGUGGAGGAAGCUUAUUAUGGAUGGAUAGCUUUGAAUUAUCACACUGAGUCCUUGGGGUCCAGUCCUGAAAAGGAAACAUAUGGUGCACUUGAUUUGGGUGGCUCAUCACUGCAGGUUACUUUUGAGGGUGAACAAGGUGAUCAUGAUGAGAUGAGCUUAAAACUAAGCCUUGGUCCUGUUGAGCACCAUCUAACUGCCUAUUCUUUAGCUGGAUAUGGACUCAAUGAUGCAUUCGAUAAAUCUGUUGCUCAUCUUCUCAAGAGGCUUCCUCGGGUUUCUGAUGCAGAUCUGGUCAGUGGAAAAGUUGAAAUUAAUCAUCCUUGUUUGCAGUCGGGUUACAAAGAGGAGUUCAUGUGUUCGCAUUGUUCAUCCAUUCACCUUCAGGAUGGAAGUUCUCCUACUGGAGGGAAAGAUAUGGCUAAAGGAAAAAAGACUGGGAUUCCAGUUCAGCUUAUUGGAGUUCCAAACUGGGCAGAAUGUAGUAAACUAGCCAAAGUUGCUGUUAAUUUGUCUGAAUGGUCAGAUCAUUCCCCAGGAAUUGAUUGUGAGCUGAAACCAUGUGCACUUGCUGAAAAUCUGCCUCGUCCUGCUGGCCAGUUUUAUGCCAUGUCUGGCUUCUAUGUGGUGUACCGGUUUUUCAACUUGACUCCUGAUGCUGCUCUGGAUGAUGUACUAGAGAAGGGUCGUGAAUUUUGUGAAAUGAAUUGGGAUGCUGCAAAAAAGAGUGUUGUUCCUCAGCCUUUUAUAGAACAAUAUUGCUUCAGGUCACCAUAUGUUGUGCUCCUCUUGAGAGAAGGAUUGCACAUUACUGAUAGCCAUGUAAUCAUCGGCUCUGGAAGCAUCACAUGGACCCUUGGAGUUGCUUUGUUUGAAGCUGGAAAAGCAUUUCCAUAUGGUGGAAAAUUUUACAGCUAUGAUAUAUUCGAGGUGAAGAUAAAUCGAUUUCUUCUUUUUGCCAUUUUGUUUGCUUCACUGCUUAUGGUACUCUGUGCAUUUUCCUAUGUUGGCAACCGGGGGGUACCAAAAUUCUUUCGAAGGCCAUAUCUCCCACUUUUCAGACAUAACAGUGUAACGUCCACAUCAGUUCUCAGCAUUCCAGCUCCUUUCCGAUUUCAACGCUGGAGCCCCCCUAUCAAUACAGGGGAUGGAAGGGUAAAGAUGCCUCUAAGUCCAACCGUUGCAGGUAACCAGCAAAGCCCAUUUGAUACUGGACUUGGUUCUGGCAGUGGGGGCAUCCAAUUCUCUGAAUCACCCUUCUAUUCUCCGUCUGGCGGUGUAUCACAUAGUUACUCAUCGGGCAGCUUAGGGCAGAUGCAAUUUGACAACAGUAACCUCGCCUUCUGGACCCCCAACAGAAGUCAAAUGCGCCUUCAAAGUAGAAGAUCUCAAUCUCGAGAAGACCUCAAUUCUUCAAUUGCUGAAGCACACUUGGGGAAGGUUUAAUACCAAUAGCUGAUUCUCUUGGAAGAUUUUAAACCACCCUAAGCACAAGAUCGGGAAAGUAAUUCACCUUAGACAAAGAUAACAUACUCCCGACUGUUUGUCUUGGUUUGCUUCUCCUGGGAUGUUUUGAAAGAUCAUCUGUGAGUAGGUGUAACAUAGGUCAUUGCCUUGGGCUCUCCAGAAAGGGCACACAGAAUGUUUUGUGGAAUUGCCACACGGAAGAAAGCUGAAGUUGUCAAGUUCAGCAUACGUCGUUAAAGCUCCUUCAACUUGUUGUAAAAUUGACUCAAACUGCCUGUGAAGCUUUAACUAUGGUUGCAGCAUCUCACUCUGAGAUCUACAGCAACCUUAUGAGAAAGUUGAGGCCGUUUAUCGUGAUUAAGUCUCAUAAAGGAGGAAUUAGUUUACAAUUUAGUGUUGCUAUUGUAAGACACACGAGGAUACUGCAGACGGAUUCAUUUAAAUUACCAGACACAGGUUCUUGGAGAAUCUUGGGUACUCAGUAUUUAGAUACUAAGAGAUUUUUUAUAUUCAUGUUUCAUUAUUUGUAUAAAAUUGAGGACAACUUAGCGCACACUAGAAGUUGUUUAGGACAUGGAAUCCUUUAUGAUAUGCAUUCUUGACAAGGUUUUUUGCUCA